AUGUGUGAGCUGGAGUGACCUUUAUGCACAAUGUCUUUCCAAAGGCCUAUCCAGCAGAACAACAAUUUGGUGGACAACGGCACAGGCCCAGCUUAUAGCUUGUACUCUGCGCCCACAGGUAGCCCACAAGUGGAUAAUAAGAGGCUUCAAAUGCUGGCGGAAACAGUGGCCACUUUGCCCCGGGGACGAAAGCAGAGUGCUUUGACCAGAUCAAGUUCUUUGGGUGACUUCUCCUGGCCACAGAGAAGACUGGUUACUGUGGAAAAGCAGGAUAAUGGAACAUUUGGAUUUGAAAUUCAGACUUACCAACUGCAGAACCAAAAUGCCUAUUUGGCCGAGAUGUACACCUAUAUCUGUAAAGUACAGGAGGGAAGUCCAGCUUACCGCUCUGGACUGCAGACUGGUGAUGUCCUUGCCAAUAUCAAUGGAGUUAACAUGGAAGGUUUUACUCACAAGCAAGUGGUUGAAUUGAUAAAAUCUGCAGGAAACAGGUUAAGGCUGGAGACAGUUAAUGGAACGAUGAUUCUUAGAAGGGCAGAGCUUGAAGCCAAGCUGCAGGUCCUGAAGCAAACCUUGAGGGAAAAAUGGGUGGAGUUCCGAGCUUUGCAGUUACAGGAACAGCAACUGCUUCAUGGCGGUGCAGUCGACAACUCAGGACUGGAAAGUCUGCAGUCCGAAGACUCUUCGGCUGAAAGCUCAUCAGGACUGGCUGCCUCUUACCAGAACCGCAAUAACCGCCUUUCCAGUGAAAGCAGCUGUAAGAGCUGGUUGAGCUCCAUGACCAUGGAGAGUGAGGAUGGCUACCAGACUUGCAUGUCUGAGGAUUCAUGCCAGGAAGCCCUGAGCCGACAGACGAGCAUGGAGGAUGAGUGUUUUUUCCUCAGGGACAGCGACCAGGCGCUGAGAAAAUCUUCCACCAGGAGGAACAGGAACAUCAGCACUGCCAGCAGCGGUUCCAUGUCCCCCUACUGGGAAGGUGGUGGCACCAAUUUCGUCAAUGUGUUUGGGACUCUGCCACGAAAGAGCAGAAAGGGGAGUGUUAGGAAACAAUUUUUGAAAUUCAUUCCUGGCCUGCAUCGGGCAGUGGAAGAGGAAGAGAGCCGAUUUUGACCAGGGAGGAGCCUUUUCAAAUGACCUCAUCCCACUGCAAUGGUGAAAACACGCUGCAUGAUCUGAACUUCGGCCCCACCCAGUUCAGUGGAAGUGAGGAGAGGACUUAUGAAACUGACAUGGCACCUCACGGGCAGAAGUGGCCUUUAUUUAAAUGAUUUAUCUACAUUUUGUUGCUCUUGUUUCAAAUCGUUUUUGAACUAACUAAAUUCAGAAGGGGCAUAAGUCCCAGAUCUGCUCCUUACCACCUGGGUGACUUUGGGCAACUCGCUUAACAUCUCUGGGCCUUUUACAGAUGAGGAUGUAUAAAAUGAACGCGUUGGACUCAAUGGCUUUGAUUAUCCCACUUAAAUUGUUGGGGAUGGACUUGGUUUAUUAAUGCAUGAGAAAGUAUAUGCCACAUCUGAUGUUGCCUAUGCAAGGGAGGGAAUAUUUAUUAUCUAGAUUGUGUGAAAAAUAAGCUUGAGACGUUUAGACUCAAAUCAGAAAAAAAUGAAUACAUAUUCAAGUAAUAUGACUGCUUGGAAUAUUUUUUUUCAUCCACAGGCUCCUUAGUGGGUUUGCCUGAGACCAAAGUGCAGUCUGGAGAUGCUUUAAAAUCAAAGAAUUUCAAAAUAUAUACAUUUGAAUGUAUAAAUUUAUACUAGAUGUUAGGGACCAGUAAUUAUCGAUGCCGCUGAGGGACAGAAUAAGAGAAGAUCAUUAAAGAUGUAUCAGGCCGAAUUUAGCUUGGGAAUCAGGAUGCAUUUCCUGACAAAGGGGGUUAUAGAGACUUUGAAAUGGGUUGUUGAGGGUAAUUAUUAAUUUUCCUUCCCAUGAAACCUUUAAAAACAUGAGAAAUUCUCAUCUCUCAAGGCUGGUUCAAAUGUGCUCCUUCCUGAAGAUGGAAUAGGGAUUGGAUCCCAUCACAACAUACAUAGGUUUUGUGAUGAUUUUCUCCCCAUUGUCCAAAGGCCUAAGAAAUUGGAUCCCAAGAUAUUUUCUCUUGUCACCUCUCAUAGUCUAGUUGUGCCUUUUUGAACACUUCUGUAUUUACUAUCCAUCAGGGUGCACAAUCAUUAAGGCUUCAUAGCUCCUGAGAUGAAUGUGAUUGUCAUUUUCGCCCUGGAGUAAAUCAUCUGAGCUACCAGUAAUAAUCCUUUAGUUUUUCAAAUACUAAAUAUUUCUUGGAUAAGGGAAAGAGGAGACUGCACAGUCCGAAUGGGUCUACUGCUACACAUCAGUAAACUUCUAAGAUAAUCCAAAAGUUUUAUAAUUUGGGAGAAACAUUGAAAAUUUAUAAUUUUUCUAAAAGGAGAGCAGGCAGGUAGAGUAAAAAAAAAUGAUAGCAUUUAUAAUUAAAAAUCUUUUCCAAAUUCAUAGUAAUAUAGAAUUUAGGUGAAAUAAAUGUAUAAUUGGGCUUCCAAUAAAUAUUAUUUGAUAUUGCUUUGCUGCUACUAAAUUUUCCUAUGACACUCCCCUGUACUAUUAGGCUACCAUUUAAGGAAGGAUUUAAAAUAUGCAGGUUUGGGGGACUGUAUAGACACAAUAUCUUUGGUCAUUUGCUAUUUGGGGAAAAAAUUUAUGUGCAAAGAAAGUUCUGAUUGUUUCUGUUAUUCUGACUAUCCACAAGCAAGUUUUCUGACAUGUUCAUUUUGAGGGCAAUUGAUAGCACUCUUACCAAUAAAUUAUGCUC